UGCGGUUUUGGCGUGUUCUUGUCGAACCGGCCGCUUUCGAGCAGGGUGUCGGCGUGAGGGGCAGAACCGUGUGCCUGGGAGUGAAGUCGCUGGUCUUUUCCCUCUCCCCUUGGGUUUGUUGUAAGGGUAUAGCAGAAACGGGCAGAAGAAUGAGCGGGAUUUCCUCCCGUAGGAGCGACCGUUGUUUGGGAUCAGGGACUACUCGUUAUUUUGUUCUAGGCUGAGGGGCACUUUGGGUCUGGUAUUCCUCAUUUCUGCAAAUUGCUGAAAGGGUGGAAAUGCGUGUCUGGGUGGGGAUGGAAGUGUGAUGGGGAUGCUAGAGCACACGGAAAAGAGAAAUUGGAUUUGUGCUCUGCGCGAAAACCACGUGCCAGAUAAGAGGGAAAACAGGCAGCAUAAUCGGAUGGUUGAAUGCAUUCCGCGAAUCAGUCGCGUGCCUCAUUCUGCUGUUCAGAUGGGGUCUUUAUUUCGUUUUUUUCUUCCUCGAAGAUGCUUUUUUAACACUGUCAUUGGUUGUCUUCACUGCGACUUCACUGUGAAGCUGUCCUCUUUGGUGGCCAUUCCAGGGGGGCUAAUCCACUCCCCCUUCUGACAGAGGGCAGUGGCUUGUCAGAGUCGCUGGGUAGCAAAGGUGUGGGCUUCCAGCGGAGUUCAUGCAGGCCCUGUACUGUCUUUCUGAAGAGCCCGUGUGCUGGGCCGGAGAAUACUGGAAUGCAUCAGGGCGUCGCUGAAGGCAGAGGAAGAGAGCUCCUUCCUUCCUCCACGUCUCCCUGGUCUUGGAGGUGAAACGUAGUGCCCCCAAGGUGCCGACCCCUGGGCAGAGGCGUUUCUUGCCAUAGCGGGCAGCAAGCAUUCAACGUAGCCCUGUUUCUGCUGACACUUGGGCAGACGGGCGCCACUACAGUGCCACUCAUGCUGUCCUCAGAGGCCUCACCCCCGCAGGAUGGGACCUAUCUUAAAAGGCAGGUGUUUUUUUUCCCUGCCAGGUUCUGUUUGAAUGUUGAAAUAGGAAGGAAUGGUGCACCUCCAAAGGUGCAUUCAUGAAUGAAAUACUAGCACGGGUAGUAAGUGCCUUGUCAGGUUGCUCUGAGUUCGUUGCAGGGAAAACACAGAUAGUCCAGGGAGGCGAUCGGGGAUCCUUCUCCUUUUAUAAACUGUCGUUCGUACCAGACAGCUGACAUCAGUACUGACAUGAGUACCAGAAACGUCACGUGCGAUAUCGUUUGCCUGGGGUAAUUACGUACCCAGUCCUGACUCAGUCCUGCAGCUCAUGAGAUAUCUGUCGUCUAGUUUAGUCUUACUCAGUAAUGCCUUUCAUUUCUGCUCCUCCUCCGCCUACGAGGAUCUCAGUGAGCUUCCACACUGUUUUGCUGUUAGUCUGGGUGUUGGAAUGCGAAGUGACUCGUUGUAUUCCAGUGUCAUGCUCAGGUGAGAAGGUGCUCGCCUGUCUCAGAGGGGUUCCUUUGCGCUCCUUGACCCUCGCUGUAGCCUCACAGAGGUGAAUGCUAGCGGUUCUCUACAGAUUACUCAGGGUUCCGUUUAUCUUACUCAAGUCUCAUCUGUUCGUUCAUGCCGGUGUUCAUCCGCUGUUGGUUCCUUUAACGUUAGGGGUCUUUUCUUGCCGGCUAACUGUGCCCUCGUGGCGACGGUUUUCCCCGUUCCAGGGAGGAAAGGCUCCUGGGUGUUGCUGAGGGGAUGGGCUCGGCGCAGGUGGUUUUCACAAAUGCCUUUGCAUAGUACCAUAAGAUGCCUACAGCGACAAGAUAAUUCUUUGGAGGUAGAAAACGAAUUCGAAGGCAGCCAGUGGUCUAUUGCUGUUGAGAAGAUUGGUGGCGGGGCAGGAAAUCGUUCGCACGGCUCUUGCAAAGAGCUGUGCGAUUCGUGGUGGAAAGUCCUCACUUAGAAGAUCGGGACGAUGGGUCCAUGACAUUUACUGGCCGGCAUAUAGAGUGUAAUCUACUUUACGAGAAGCGCUUUUUUUCACUUUUUUUUCCCUCGUUUCUUUUCCUUUUUUUUUUCUUUUCUUUUGCCCUGCGGUAGAGAAGAUGGAUAGAACACCCCCAAAGGAACUCUUCCCUCAUUUCUUGCAUCCUCAGCUUGCUUCGUAUCGCAGUAUCCAAAGAGGGGAACUGCAGAUGCAGAAACUAUUCCGCUUGUGCGAAUCCCCAGUUCUCGAGCACGACUUUUUUUCUGCCCCUAUAGUGCGGGAUAGGCGUGGAAAACGCAACGAGUGGGAGGCUGGGGUGAAAUAUGUGGCUGCAGUUCCGGGCGGAGGCUGCGGGCGCCGCUGCUCACCAAGGAGGAGAGGAGGGAGCGGAGCGCUGCAGCCAGCCCCGCCCGCCGCAGCCCCGGGCUCGCUCGCUGGCUCGGCGGCUGGGCGGGCUCGGAGCGGCCGCGGCGGUGCGGAGCCGUGCUGCAGCGAGGCGGAGGGGGGCGAGAGCGGGCCGGAGCGCCGGGCCGGAGCGACAGCGGCGCGGAGGAGCCCGCGGGAUUUCGGGGCCGGCGGGGCCGCGGCGGAGAUGCGAGCGGACACACGGAGGCGCUGGGGGCCGAGGGAGAGCCCGAGGGCGAGGGCGAGCGCUGCUGUGGUGCGCCUUGGUGGCGGCGUGGGAGCUGGCGUGGGGGCAGCUGCGCUACGCGGUGCCCGAGGAGAUGCAGAAGGGCUCUUUCGUGGGCGACGUGGCCAAGGACCUGGGGCUGGAGCUGGCGGCGCUCCGCCAACGCGGCGCCCGCGUACUUUCCGAAGGUAGGAAGCAGUAUUUUGCUCUGCAUGAGAAGACCGGCCAUUUAGUGACGGCGGAACGCAUAGACAGAGAGCAGGUCUGCGGGCGGGUGCAGACGUGCCUGAUCUAUUCGCAGAUUCUGGUACAGAAUCAAGCCCAACUUUUCACCGUGCAAAUAGAAAUCACCGACGUGAAUGACAACGCUCCCAAGUUCCAGCAAGAUAAACUGCAGUUUCGAAUCAGUGAGCUGACAGCCGUGGGAACGCGAUACUCGCUGGAAGAAGCGCAAGACGCGGACGUGGGGCUGAAUGCCCUGCAGCGCUAUGAACUGAGCGGCGACGAACACUUCGGUCUGGAGGUGCUAGCGGGACCGGACGGCUCGAAGUCCGCGGAGCUGGUGCUGGCGCAGGCGCUGGACCGGGAGGAAAGCGCCAUCCACGAGCUGGUGCUGACGGCGGUGGACGGCGGGGAGCCGGCGCGGACGGGCACGGCGCGGAUCCGCGUGCUGGUGCUGGACGCGAACGACAACGCGCCGGUGUUCAGCCAGGCGGUGUACACGGUGCGCGUGCGCGAGGACGUGCCCGUGGGGUCGCGGCUGCUCACCGUGAACGCCACCGAUGCGGACGAGGGCACCAAUGCCGAGCUGACCUACUCGUUGCGCAGGACGCCCGCCGCAGCGUCGCGCCUCUUCCAGGUGGACGCCCGCACCGGGGACGUCGCGGCGGCGGGGAGGCUGGACUACGAGGAAGCGGCUCUGUACGAGCUGGAGGUGCAGGCGAAGGAUGGCGGGGACCUCUCGGCCAGGGCCAAAGUCCUAGUGAGCGUGAUCGACGUCAAUGACAACGCGCCUCUAAUCACGGUGACGUCCGUCGUGAGCUCCGUGUCCGAGGACAGUCCCCCGGGGACCAUAAUCGCUUUUAUCAAUGUGAAAGACGAAGAUUCAGGGGCCAGUGGAGAGGUCAGGCUGUCGCUCGCAGACACGCUGCCGUUCCGUCUGGAGAAGUCCGUCGGGGACUACUACAGCGUGGUGACGGCGAGGGAGCUGGACCGCGAGGAGGUGUCGGAGUACAACGUGACGGUGCGGGCGACGGACGGCGGGGCGCCGGCGCUGCGCAGCAGCGCGGUGCUGCCGCUGCGCGUGCUGGACGUGAACGACAACGCGCCGGUGUUCGCGGAGGCGCGCUACAGCGCCUGGCUGCCCGAGAACAACGCCAAGGGCGCGCUGGUGCUGACGGUGCGGGCGGCGGACGCGGACUGGGGGCAGAACGCGCGCGUGCGGUACCGGCUGUGCGAGGGGCAGGUGCGGGGCGCGCCGCUCUCGUCGUACGUGUCGGUGCACGCGGAGACGGGCGCGCUGUACGCGCUGCGCUCCUUCGACUACGAGGAGGUGCGCGAGGUGGGGCUGUGGGUGCGCGCGGAGGACGGCGGCGCGCCGGCGCUGAGCAGCAACGUGUCGGUGCGGCUCUUCAUCGUGGACGAGAACGACAACGCGCCGCAGGUGCUGUACCCGCCGGCGGCGCCGGGCGCCGGCUGGACGGGCGUGGAGCUGGCGCCGCGCGCCGCCGAGCCCGGGGCGCUGGUGGCCAAGGUGGUGGCGGUGGACGCGGACUCGGGGCAGAACGCCUGGCUGUCCUACGAGCUGGCCAAGGCCACGGAGCCGGGGCUCUUCCGCGUGGGGCUGCACAGCGGCGAGGUGCGCACGGCGCGGUUCCCGCUGGCGCGCGACGCGCUGCGGCAGAGCCUGGUGGUGGUGGUGAGGGACCACGGGCAGCCGGCGCUGUCGGCCACGGCCACGCUGACGGUGGUGCUGGCCGAGAGCGUGGCCGAGCUGCUGUCGGACCUGGGCGGCGCGGCGGCGCCGGGCGAGCCGGGCGGCAGCCUGACGCGCUGGCUGGUGGUGGCCGUGGCGGCCGUGUGCUGCCUCUUCCUCGCCUUCCUGCUGGCGCUGCUGGCGCUGCGCCUGCGGCGCUGGCGCCGCUCCCGGCUGCUGGCGGCGGGCAGCGGCGCCUCGCGCGCCGUCGCCGCCUCGCCCUUCGUGGGCAUCGACGGCGUCCGCGCCUUCCUGCACUCCUACUCGCACGAGGUCUCGCUCACCGCCGACUCGCGCAAGAGCCACCUCCGCUUCCCGGGCGGCAGCUGCUCCAACACCCUGCCGGCCGCGCCGCCGCCCGACAAAUGCGCGCCGCUGCUGCUGCCCGAAGAGCCCUCGCGUGCCCGCGCCGACAGCGGAGACGCCCUCCCGGUGAGUCCCUCUAGCGAGGGUUUCCAUGUCGUUCUUCACUCCGCCCGUCCUCGCGCCUUUGCCCCUCCGCGCCCCUCCGCAGGGCUGCUUGUCCCUUUGCUUUCCUGGUCGUCGUCGCUUCUGUCACAUAGCGGUGGAGUAGCAAGCAGAGGUAGAGGCAGAGCUAAGGGUAUGGCUGCGAUUGCUUCGAAGGUCCCUGUUGCCCACAGACUUUCCUUUUGCAGCGCUGCAGAUGGUGCCGAACUGUCAGGAACAGCGCAGGCGAGGUGCCGGACUCUCUGCGCAGAGAAAGGAGAGCACGAAGCAGGUUCGCGGGGAUCAGCAGCGGCCGAGGCGGCCCCGGCACCGCCGCCCCGCGCUGGGGUGCCCGCGUGUGCCGGACGGGCACGGAAUGCACGGAAGGGGCGGGAGGACGGAGCGCAGCGCGGACCGCUGAAGAUGGAAAGCCGGCACAGCGAAAGCCGCUGCGUCGGAGCCGCGGCAGUGCUGCUGUGCGCUUGGCUGCUCUGCUGGGGCUGCCGGGCGGCGCCGGAGCGGCUGCGCUACGCCAUUCCCGAGGAAACGGGCAGCGGCUCCGUGGUGGGGCCGCUGGCGCGAGACCUGGGGCUGAGCCCGGCAGAGCUGCCGGCACGCCAGCUGCGGAUCAGCUCGGAGAAGCACUACUUCGCCGUGAGCGCGGAGAACGGGCACCUGUACGUGAGCGAGCGGCUGGACCGGGAGGAGAUGUGCGGCGACUCUGCGUCCUGCUCCGUCAGUUUCGAGGCGGUGGUGCAGAACCCGCUCAACGUUUUCCACGUCGACGUGGCCAUCCAGGACAUCAACGACAACUCCCCGGUCUUCAGCAAGGCUGCUCUCGACCUGGAGAUCGCGGAAUGGCUCCUUCCUGGUGCGCGAUUUCCGCUGGAGAUGGCGCAAGAUCCGGAUGUGGGAAGCAACUCGCUGCUCAGCUACCAGCUCACGGAAAACCCGUCCUUCAGCCUGGCAGUGAAGGAGAGCCCGGAUGGAAGCAGGCAGCCCGAACUGGUGUUAGAAGCAGCUUUGGAUCGUGAGCAGCAGAGCUCAUUCCAGAUGGUGCUGACGGCGGUGGACGGUGGGGCUCCAGCGAGGUCUGGCACCGUGCAGAUUCGCAUCAACGUGACGGACGCCAAUGACAACGCGCCCGUGUUCAGCCGAAGCGCCUACGAGGCGCGAGUGCGGGAGAAUCUGCCGGCGGGGUCGCUGGUGCUGCAGGUCCGAGCCACGGAUGCGGAUGCGGGCUCCAACGGCCGAGUCUCCUACUCCUUCAGCAACGUGCCGCAGGCUGUGCGCGCUGUCUUCAGCGUAGACAGCGACAGCGGCGACAUCCGCAAUGAGGCGAUUCUGGAUUUCGAGGAGAGGAAUGAGUACACCUUCGGGGUGGAAGCGAGGGACGGCGGCGGGCUCAGCGGUCACUGCAAGGUCCGCGUCGAGAUCACAGACGAGAACGACAACGCGCCCGAGAUAACGACGUUGUCGGUGUGGAGCCCGGUGCCCGAGGACGCCCCGCCCGGCACCGUCGUGGCCCUCAUCAAGGUGCGAGACCGGGACUCUGGCGACAACGGGAAGGUGCGGUGCGAGCUGGACGGCGAGUCGCCGUUCGCCGUGGUGGCGUCGUCGGGCAGCUCGUACAAGGUGGUGACGGCGAGCUUGCUGGACAGGGAGCGGGCGGCCGAGCACAACGUGACGGUGGUCGCCAGCGACCGCGGCAGCCCGGCGCUGUCCAGCCGCAGCGCGCUGGCGCUGGCCGUGUCGGACGUGAACGACAACGCGCCCGUGUUCGAGGAAGCCGCCUACAGCGCCUACGUGGCGGAGAACAACGCGGCGGGCGCGGCGGUGCUGCGCGUGCGCGCGCGGGACGCGGACGCGGGCGCCAACGGGCGCGUGAGCUACUGGCUGGUGGGCGGCAGCGCGGGCGAGGCGGCGGCGUCCUACGUGUCGGUGGAGGCGCGGAGCGGCGCGCUGUACGCGCAGCGCUCCUUCGACUACGAGCAGUGCCGCGAGUUCGCCGUGGAGGUGAGGGCGCAGGACGGCGGGUCGCCGGCGCGGAGCUCGACGGCGACGGUGCGCGUCUUCGUGGUGGACCGCAACGACAACGCGCCGCAGGUGCUGUGGCCGGCGGCGUCGGCGUCGAGCCCCGGCGCGGGCCCGUUCGAGGUGGUGCCGCGGUCGGCCGAGGCCGGCUACCUGGUGGCCAAGGUGGUGGCGGUGGACGCGGACUCGGGGCGCAACGCCUGGCUGUCGUACGAGCUGGUGCAGGCGACGGAGCCGGCGCUGUUCCGGCUGGGGCUGCACAGCGGCGAGGUGCGCACGGCGCGCGCCGUGUCGGAGCGGGACGCGGCGAGGCAGCGGCUGGUGGUGGUGGUGAAGGACCACGGGCAGCCGGCGCUGUCGGCCACGGCCACGCUGCACGUGGUGCUGGCCGAGAGCUUGCAGGAGGCGCUGCCGGCGCUGAGCGAGCGGGCGGCGGGCGCCGAGGCGCCGGCGGACUUGCAGUUCUACCUGGUGCUGGCGCUGGCGCUGCUCUCCGCCUUGUUCGUGCUGAGCGUGGCGCUGGCCGUGGCGGCGCGGGUGCGCCGCGCCGGGCCGCCCGCCGUCCUGCGCUGCCUGGGCGCCGAGCGCUUCUCCGUGGCCGGCCCCGCCUUCCCGGCCGACUUCUGCGAGGGCACCUUGCCCUACUCCUACAACCUCUGCGUGGCCCCGGGCCGCGCCGUCGCCGAGUGCGCUUUGCUGCCGGCCCCGCUGCCCGCCCGCGCCGUCGAGGAUCUUCUCAGCGGGGAGCCGCCCGCGAUGCUGACGCCGAGCAGCAGCCGUGCCCCGGCAGAGCCGCCGUCCGACGCCGACGCAGUGCAGGUCGGUAUCCGACCCAGUCCUCUUCUCGCACCCUUCGUUAUCUUCACACCGAGCCCGCGCAUGUGUGUGUGUGUGUGUGUGUGUGUGUGUGCGCGGCAGGGGCUGGCGGCGGGGGCUUCUGUCGUUUGCACUUGUCUGCUGCGGUGGGAAGGGAUGAUGGCUUUUCUCGUGACUAACAGGAGGAAGUGAACCACGGCCCCUUUCGCGUCCUCACCAAGCACACGCGUAGGCUCGCUUGGGAGGUUGUGAUCGAUAGAGUAGUGCCGUUUGAAGCGGUUUGCGUCAAUAAUGGUGAACGUGGGUCCUCCUUGUCUAUAUUGCAAUCAAUUGCUUCUGCUUGUGGGGAGUGGGCGAAUGGGACUGACGUUUCAGGAUGACAAGGGUUGUU